AUGCACGGACUAACGGAUCAGCUCAGAUAUUUGUACCUUAGAGGAAACGAGCUGGAGACGAUAGGUGAUGGCAUUUUCAAACAAUUUAAAAGUCUCGAAAGAUGCUAUAUGGAGAACAACAAGCUGACAUCUGUACCAGAUUUGGAAGGUCCUAAGUCAAUUAAUUUAUUAAAGUUACAACGCAAUCGAAUCACAGAUUUAUCAAGAAUUGUCACAUCUGGAAUUGAAGAGGUGUAUGAACUAUUGUUGGACAACAAUAAGAUCGAUCACCUUCCACCGAACAUAUUUCAGAAUACUAAAGUAACCGGAAGCCUUGAUUUGUCGUUCAACAAGCUGCAGUCAUUACCUGACAACGUGUUUUCUAGACUCAAUAAAUUAAACAUUCUGGUGCUAACCUUCAACAACAUCACUCAUAUUAACAAACGCACAUUCAGCGGACUUUCCAGUUUGACCACACUGCUGCUAAUCAAAAACAAGCUUACAUUUAUUCCCGAAGACGUUUUUGAUGAAACUCCUCGCCUGGAAUCAUUGUUUCUUCACAGUAACGCAAUCAAAACUAUUGAAAGCAAGGCUUUUGACAGACUUGUACUGGAGCAGUUAACCAUCUUUGAUAAUCCUCUAAGCUUCUUACCAGAUGGAAUGUUCGACAAAAUUACAAACCAUACCAAAGUGUCAUUGACGUGUAAAAAUCUUCGUCAGCUGCCUCGGGGAAAAUAUGUGUCACAAAUUGAGUGUGCUCCCUCGACAUCUCUGCACGUCAUUUUGGACAACGACCAAUAUCGCUUCAUAUCUGGCUUUAUACGCUCAGGUUUUGUGUGCCACAACUGUGUAACCUCUAAGAGACACAUUAUUCAUACUGGGUGUAAAAACUGCAGUCUCUGUCCAGCUGGAACUUACAUUUAUAAUGAUGAAAACCACUGUCUGGAGUGUUUUGCAGGUGGCUUUUAUCAGGAUGAAAUGGGACAAAUUGAAUGUAAAAGAUGCAGUAAUGGUACAUUUGUUUCUGAACGGCGAAGUCCUGGAACCAAAGCUACCGACUGCGUGGCAUGUCCGUAUGGUACGAUCUCCAACGAGACUGCUGAAUAUCGUGCAUGCAGAUGCCUACACAACUUCUAUCGGCUGGAUCGUUUCGGCCCGUGCUCAGCAUGUCCACCAUACGGUUUUGUUUGUGAGAAAGAUACAGCAAUACUUGCUCCUAACUACUUCUGGGAAUGGACGGACCAGUCUCAAAAAGAGCGUUUCAAGGGUUUUGUCAACAAUAUUCAUUCUUUUGGACCAGACUACAACAAAUCGUAUUCCACGUUCAAUACUUCACUUCCGAAGCCACUUAAAUGUCCCCAUGCAAAGUCCUGCAAGGGUGGAAUUGACUCAGAAUGCCAUCAAGGAUAUAAAGGGACUCUGUGUGCAACCUGCUCUGAAGGCUUCUAUUUUCGCUUCAACUCUUGUUUGAAAUGUCCCCGGUUACCUGUAACAAUUACUUCAUCCAUCUUGGUGAUUGCUCUUUUUGUUGCUGUGUUUCUAAUGGUUCUUUGGGGUGACUCCAAACGUACCAAGAACAACCGGACAGUUGCAGAUGUCAUCAUGUCGUGCUUUAAGAUUGUGAUUGGUUUUUACCAAGUCAUUGCCGGUAUUUUCUCGGCAUUGGCGAAAGUCCAGUGGCCAGUCGCUUUGAUCUCAACGGAGAAGGUUCUAAAAGUAUUUGAAGGGAACAUCUUGCAGUUUGCCCCUCUUAGUUGCAUUCAUACUUCUCUACGGCUUGAUCAGCUUGGAAAGUUUACGAUGAUUGUUGUCAUGAAUGUCAUACUCGUUGGCUUGAUUUUCUUGUAUCUAUUUCUUAAAAAACGCUACAUCAUGAAUAAGGAGGACCUUGGCGAAGACCAGAAAGCAAUGGAAGUUAAGAGUUUGAAGAAGUCUUGCUAUCGGAAUAUUUUUCUAUUGUUGUUGACGACCUACCCCACGACGAGCAAAUCGAUUAUUCAGAUUCUACCUCUUCCCGGUGCAUGUGUAGAGACUUGUUUUACAGACGACAAGAGCGACUGCAUCUUCCUGCUGAGAGCUGACCACUCCAUUCAGUGUUUCACUCCUCGCCACAACUUGUAUUGGCUCAUGGCGUCUAUCUUGGCAUUAUAUCCCGUGGGAUUUCCACUUCUGGCUCUGUUUCUCACUUACAAGUAUCGCGAGUCCCAUAAAUACGAAGCAAUUUCUUUCGGACUCAGAGUGUUCUUUGAAAACUACAAGAAGGAAUUUUGGUUUUGGGAAAUCACAGAGAUGUAUCGCAAGCUGAUUUUAAUCUCGUUCAUUUUCCUUUUUGGAUCAAAGAGCCUCUCUCAAAUUGGUCUUACAGUUCUGACAGUUAGUAUCUUUGGAGUUAUCUACACCUUAUUCCGACCGAUCAAGAAUAAGUUUGAAGACUGCUUGCAAACUUUUGUUCUUUGGAUCAUUUUCUUUGACGUUUGUCUCGGCGCAGUUUACACAAACUGGGAUGAGAGUCAAGGAGAGGGCAAGAACGACUCCAUCUUUGUAAAUGUCCUGUUCGUGGCCCUUAACGCCUCUGUUUUGUUGCUUGCCAUUGGAAAAGGAAUUCUACAUGUGAAGUCCAUUUGGAAGUACAUUACCUUCAACCCGAUCCGAUGUUUCAUUUUCCUUCGCCAAGGAGUAUCACGUCUCAAAAAUAGAGUAAUCAGAAGAACAGGAACAUCCGAUGAAUUUCCACACUUAAUUGAAGAAAGCAACUGAAGAACUUCUUUGAAAUGUUUGUCUUAAAACUAUUUUGCUAUGCCUCACGAAAUAUCUCGCUUUAGAUGGCUUAAACAUUUAGAACUUUCUUUGAAAUCUCUCUGGCUGUGAGACUUUAGGAUGACAUUUCAUUGCAACUUGAGGCACUAGCGAUUCCCGCAAAGGCUGUGUUCUUCAAAACGCGAUGCGUUUUUAUUUUUAAGUCUUUAGUUCAAAUUGGGAUAAUAAGAUAGUUUAUUUUUAGAUAAUAAG